GCUGGCGGUUGAUGCGAAAAGCUGUGCAUGAACGUCUGAAUGUCCGUGACGUGAAGUCGUUUUGUCCAAUCCAGAAAGAGGAAGCUGCCUCUCUCGCCGAAGGCCUUAUUCUUCACCCGGAGAUAAAAGUAUUCCGUCAUCUACAUCGAGUGGCGGCUUCCAUAGGAUGGCGUGCGUUAUGGGGGUUUCCAACAAUUACAAUAGAUGGCCCUGAUCCUACCCAUCGCUUGGAUGAACUGGGAGAGGAUCUGCUAAAAGCCUCAAUACCAGGAGGAUCUCUUGUUGAUAUCUUUCCUCCAUUGAGGCACAUCAUUCGCCACUCCAGGUAUCUCAUGAGGAAGUCGAACACUUGGUUCGAGGACAUGAACCGACUUUCCAUUCACUUGUAUGACACGUCUUGUUCGUCAAAGGCAAGGCAGGAAUGGGGAAACAGCUUUGGGGCGGCUUUACGAGAUCGGGAGCGGAUCAGUGGACUGUCACCUCAGGAUGAGGCUUGGUUGACUGGGCAGUUGUUCGUUGCAUCCAACGAUACAACAUCGACCUCUUUGGCCUAUUUGGUCUUGGCGAUGGUGUUAUAUCCUUCCCAAUUCAUCAAAGUCAGACAGCAGAUUGAUGCAGUUGUCGGCGAUUCUAUGCCUUCUUUCGAGGACUGGGAGAAACUACCGCUCGUGGAGGCGGUAAUGAAAGAAGGCCUGAGGUGGAGACCGCCUGCACCGCUUGGGGUUCCACAUGUUACUUCAGAGGAUAUCCGUCAUGGCGAAUACUUCUUACCGAAAGGAACGCCAUUAGUUGCUAACCUCUGGACGAUUUCCCGCGAUCCAGCCUUAUACACUAAUGCAGAGGAAUUUGAUCCUUCUCGCUUCAUUCACGAGAACGGAAAGUUGAAGCAAGGCACUCCCGACUCGCACAACGAUUACCUGGCAUUCGGAUUCGGCCGACGAGUAUGCGCAGGCAAGGCGUUGGCUAUCAACUCGGUCUGGAUUUGUCUCGCAACCUUGCUCUGGGCAUUCGAAUUUGAGCCGAUGAAAGAUGCCGAUGGAAAUGACAUUCUGCCCAAUCCAAUGGACUUUGUGGAUUGCGGCGCGACGGUUCGCCCUCUUGCAUUCCCGAUGAAAGUUAUACCCCGCUUCCCCGACCUAUUGCAGAGGAUCAGAGCUUCCAGAGAUCAUAGUAUUAACUGA